AAAUUAAGCAUCUCAAAUACACAAGCAUUAAAGCUAACUAAUUUUUAUGAUAUAAAAUUAAAUGCUGAUUUAAGCGAAGAAACAUAAUUGUUCAUUUAAAGUAGUUCUAUCUUUCAUAAUUGGUAAAUUUGUUUUUACACAUAAUUAUAUCAGUAGCGAUCAUUUUCAUUGACUGAAGUUUGUUUAUUUAUCCGGUUUUCAUGACGUCCAUACAAGUAGCAUUUUCGCACCAAUAAAAUGACACAAAUAAAAUUAAAAUCGUCUUCUCAAAAUCAUGUCCCUUAACAUUUUGAAGUCAAUGGAGGUAAUCCCUAAGAACAACCAACCUCCAUUAACGGCCAUUUUAUUGUGGAACAGAAAGAGGUUGCACUAUAUGUAAUAUUUUCUUCUGUUUUACUCAUGUUUUUUUCCAGGCAUAUAUUGCAUGUUUUUGGGGUGUUCACCACGUUGGUAUUGUCACCCUUUUUUUCGGUGUCGGCGGCACAAUCAUGUCUCUAUUCGUGGGACCAUUGGUGAAGUACAUCUCUCAGAUAGCCGUGAUCAUUUUAGGAGCAUGUCUUAAUGUAGCUAUCUGUUUGUUAUUAUUUCUAUGGAAACCCUCGCCAAAGACAACUGGCAUUUACUUUGUCAUAGCAGGAAUAUGGGGAAUGGGAGAUGCCAUUUGGUGGUCGCAAAUACCAGCCCUCUACGGACUGAUGUUUCCAAACGAUAGAGAAGCUGGUUUUUCAAACUUAUAUUUCUGGAGCUUUUUUGGAGCUUUUCUAAGCUACUCUUAUGCUAAUUACCUUUCUAUUUCUGUCAAAAUAAAUAUCCUGAUGGCUUCCCUACUGAUUAGUAUGGUCUGUUACCUAGUAGGCCAGUUCAAGAUGAAAUGUUCUGCACGGAGAGAAUAUAUUGCAAUCGAAGGUGAUUAAUAAUAGCAAACAUUUUAGAAUCUCAAAGCUGAUGUUUAUCAACAUUCUUGUACAUAGAAAAAGAGCUUGUAAAUAACGAUACUUGGUGUGACAUUAAUAAAAAUAAAAAUCAUCAAA